AUGUAUGCCUCAGGCAACCAGGACCCUGGUGACUCAAAGUGGUCACCACAUCUCCCCCCUCCUCUUAUGAUCUCCACACCAGGUAUUUGCGACUUGGUCGUGAGUAUCAUUUCAACACUUACCCGGAUUUCUGCUCGGCGCAAGAAUGCCUGCUUCCGUCUUCACAGCUACAAUUGCACGUUUCUGUUGGAAGUCUACCUCUUACCGAAUAUCUCUAAUACCCGUAUAAAUUUGCAUUCUGCGAAAGGAACAGUCAUGGCUUCUAUCUUCACGUAUGAUCCGGACCCGCCCAGGGUGUCCUCCCCAUGGUCGACGUCGGGGUCUUCCACCCCGCAGAGCAACCAGACGAGUCAGCCUGCCCUGAACAGUAAAACAGGCCUGGCUGUGCGGACCCGAUCCAGUUCUCAUUUGGAUCGCGCGCCGGACUUUCUGUCGGACUAUGGAAUCACCAAGCUUGAACCGGAACCUCAAGAGGGUCCAACGGAAUACAAGUUGCAUCUCUUGCUCCGCCCUCGACGGCCUUAUCUUUCCAUGUCCACGGGAAGUGUAGUCGCAGGCUCGUAUCAUUCUCGAGUCUCAGUCACUCCAAAUUCGUAUUCCUCGUCCCCGGCGCAAGAUGCGGCUCCUCGGCCAAUGCAGGCCAAGUCGGCCCAAAGCCGGCAGCAGCGACUGCAGGGUCUGACCACCCAGCUUCUUUGGCGCCUGCAACAGUCAUCGCCAUUCCAUUCAUCGACAACGGCUAAUCUAGUCGUGCCUGUGCUUCCGGAUGCGACUCCGCAACUGGGGGUGCCGUCGAAACCCGCCCGUCUUCUGCCGGGUCUGGAGGAAAGUCAAGGUGCCUUGUAUGAAAUCGGCGUUGCCGAUGAUGGUACCUUUGUCGGACUCACCGAGGAUGAGCUGGAUGAGAGCGUCACGAACUUGCGGGCCAUGUCUGCCAGUCUGGGAUGCAAGGUCGAGAUCCUCCGUCGAGUCGUCGUGGGCAAAUGUGAAUGGGCAGACGACUCUCCUGCGGUGCCCCUGGACUCGAGCAAAUGCCACCGGGCCAAUCUCUGGGUUGCAGAAGCUCUGGUCUCGCCAGACCUGGAUCACUACAAGCUGACCUCUUCGCGGGCGAGGAAAGAUUCCGCAUCUAGCUCUUUGAAAACGAAUACAAGUGCCGAGACCAGUGCAGAGGAAGACUCUUCCACCACCGAGCAGAUUCGCAUCUCCAUUGCCGGGUCGAGCGCAUCUGGAAAGUCUUCCCUCGUGGGCACUUUGACAUCGUCCAUCUUCGACAACGGUCGAGGAAGCAGCCGACUGAGCUUGUUGAAACACCGUCACGAAAUUUCCUCGGGCAUCACCAGCUCAGUCGCGCAGGAACUGAUUGGCUAUUCUGGCGACAAACCUCCUAUCGUGGUGAAUUAUGCGUCGGGAAACGUGGCUGCGUGGGAUGACAUUCAUGCCGCGUCCCGUGGGGGUCGUCUGGCCUUUGUGUCCGACCUCCCGGGUUCGGUUCGGUAUCUCAAGUCCACUUUGCGUGGACUGGUGAGCUGGGCUCCCCACUAUGUGAUGCUCUGCAUCCCCGCCAAUUGCGGCGAUGAAACAAGCGUUGACGCGGAUUCCGCGGUUGAGCCCGCUGGAGAGAUCGAACGAUGCUUGGCGUACUUGGACCUAUGUCUGAAACUCGAUAUGAAUGUCAUUGUCGUCGUCACCAAGCUGGAUGUGGCUUCGCGAGGAAGGUUGCGUGAGAAUCUUGCUCGGGUUUUGUCGGCUCUCAAGGCCGCCGGCCGUAAGCCGGCAAUGCUCCCUGCGUCACCUGCAAAGGAUAAAACAUUGGACCUGCAGCAGAUUAGUCCUGCUGAUAGCGAUGGUGUGCGCAAGGUUCUUGCCACGGCAGGUGAUCAGUGGCCUACCACCGUGCCUAUUGUUCUCUGCAGUGCGGUCGAUGGCACGGGGGCGGGAAAAUUGCAUGCAUUGCUACGUUAUCUUCCAAUUCCCACCCGCCGGCCACAAAGGAGCCUGCGUAUUGAUCGACCAUUGGGUCAGUCAAGUCACCCUACGGCCGUUUUUGACAUUGACGAGGUGUUUGCGAUACCACCAUCCAAGGUAUACUCUGUAUCUGCCGACAAAGACGGUUGUCAAAGCCGUGGUAUGGUUCUUUGCGGCUUGGUGCGGCAUGGUAGUAUCGCUGUUGGUGAUGAGAUGGUAAUCGGCCCCAGCCUGGUCGACACUUCCGCAGACUGCGGUGGUGACUCUGCCCCCUUGAAUCUUCUUUCUCGCAGCAGUGGUCCCGGUGUCUCUGCUCAGUUCCCCGCCUCCCUCUCCCAUGGGAUGCUUUCGAGCAAGGAUGGCUUGACGCAGGUCAAAUGGCAACGCAUCCGGGUCGUCAGUGUUAGGAAUCUCCGCUUGCCGGUGCGCCGCCUGAAAGAGGAUCAAGUCGGCACCAUCGGAAUCGAGCUGCUUGCCUCAACGGAAGACGGGAAGCUGCCUCAGUUGAGCAGAAUUAGAAAAGGCAUGGUACUUGCAGACCUGCAUCCAUCACUGUAUCCGAGUCAGACGCUUCCGUCGCCCCUGUCGCCGAUUCUGCCCCUAGUCUUUCACACUGGCUUCACAGCGACUUUCUCGGCUGCUGAAUUUUCAGCCCCCAAUUCGCCUCCUUUGCUUCUCGGCGGAAACGCCAUCGCUUACAUAGCCAAUGUACGUACCACGGUGCGGGUUGUCUGCAUGGCCCUCGCAGGUGCCGGUGACGACCUCCAAGAAGACCCCCAUGACGAUUCUAGGUCUCCAUCUCCCACCGAGCUAGAAUUCUUCAGCUUCGACGGCGACGACAAAUCUUCCUCGCCGUCGCCAUCGAAAGAAAAGAGUGGAAAUGCCAAUCGCGCCAGUCGUGCAGAUGGAUCAAUCCGACGCCGUCCAUCCGCUAACGAUAUCAGUAAGAUGGUCUCGUCCGGCAUAUCGGGCAACGCACCAGGAGCCUCCGGAAUCACCGAGGACGUCAAAAUCACCUUUGGCCUUGUCACAUCCGUGGAAUGGAUCGAGCUCGGUUUACAAGUCCUCGUGAUGCCGGGCAUGUCGAUGACGGCCUCGGCAGGGGUGAUGGCGCCUCUUCCUUCUUCUCCUUCCCUUGCUGACAGCAAUGUCAAUGCCGGCAGUGGCUCGGGAAGUACCACUGGAGUUAACCCGAUGUCCGGACUAGAAGGGUUUGUCGGGACGGUCUGUGACCUUGUUUAUGGUAAACCCGUCUCUGGCUGA